AAAUUUUUAAAUCUUAUGCUUAGGUUAAUAUAUGGAAAUAUUAUACAUUUAUACAAAAGUACAAGGCUAUUUGACUGUUUCCAAGAAACUUUUUAUUUAAAAAGCUUUUUUUUUUCUUAAAAACUAAUAUGCAAGCACACAUAAGCCUAAGUCUGAACAGCACCAGGAUCAUUCUCUUGUCAUUCUGGAAGAUCUGUGGUAUUGACAAGAUGAGCCGCCACUUGUUGAGGAGCUGCCUGAGACUCUCUUUAGGAAAAUGUCUGUUGUAGUCUGUGUUGUUUCUUAGUUUUUUAAUCAUAGAUUUAUUUUUAAGCAAAUAAUUUACCAUGAAUAUUUUAUUCCAAUAAAAACCUUCAUUUUUUUCUUCUGUAGUUUCUUUUUCUUUUCUUCUUUUUCAACUGUUUGUUCAUUAGUUAACCUUUUAAAAAGUCAGUUGCAUGGCAAUCUAUGGGAUCACAGUGUACAUGUGGUCCGUUAUCAACUGAAGCAUUGCCUGAAUAACUAUCAGUCAAAGCUACUUGCUGUUUGGAUUGGAGUAUGUAUAGUCAUAGAUUCUGUAUCCACACAGUUUGUGAUUACCAAAGGCAGCAGUGGUUUCAGGCUCACCAUUAUUGCCAUCUUUACCACAUGGAUCUUCUACAAAAUUUACAUGUGUAUAUAUGUAUAAUUUAUUAUAUUGAUAUUGCUUAUAAAUGUACUUGUGAAAAGGAAGUGAACUCACAAGAUGGGGAGAGUAUUGAGGGGGGCUUUAGAAUGCCUUUGUCAUCUCUGUAGUUUAGUGGAUUAUGCAAAAUGACAGUGCCUACUGUGUGAUCAACACUUAGAGAUGGUUUUCUAACUCAUAAAUUUCUUAAUUCAGUUUUGGCUAUUACUUCCAGCUAGAAGUUAUUUAAGUUGUACUAUAUUACAGUUACUUGGAAAAAUACUUGAAAGUCUGGUGUUGUGAUUCAGGAGGUUGCUUUAUAACCAUUGAAGUGUGAACUUGGGUUUACUGCUUUUAACCUCUGAACUUUCCAGUCAUUGUCUGUAAAAUGAGGAUGGCAAAAAUGCUUUCCUUUGGGAUGAUGUGAUGAUACAAGAACAACUUUUGGUAAAUUCAUAUACAUUUUUACUUACUUACUAAGAUAUUCUUGCCAAAUGACCUAAAUUAGAAUGAAGGUGAUUUGGAUCAAGUCCCUGAGUUCACAGUCUAGAGUCAAAUUACAUUUGUCCAUUGUACUUGGAGAAAGGGGGGCCUCCAAAGAUGUAUGGUUUUAAUCUUAUUUUUGUUAGAGGCUAUGGCUACUCUAACCCCAUAGCUUCCAUUAAAAAACCUGGAAAUAGUUCAUUUUCUGUUCUAAUUACUUGGCAGAAAUCUAGAAUAGAAAGAAACUAGUAACAACCAACCUUUCCUUUGCACUUACAGAUCAACAAAAGCGAUUCUUGGGUCCUAGAGACCAAAGAAAGAAUCAGCAGGAAUGCCCAGGGUGAAUUGAUGGAUUGCAGAGCCUGGCUGGCACGAUUUGUGCCCUCCCCACCUCCAAAUUGCCUCAGUUACAAGUCAGAGGGCAGGCUUGGUGAUCAAGACUGGCAAGCACAUUUCAAGGUCCCCUGCUGUGGGGUUGAUCCAUCUCAACUUGAGUCAGAAGAGGCAGAAGUGGAUGUGAGAGAAAGAGACACACAGAGAGACAGAGAGCCAAAGAGGCCAAGAGACUUGACUUUAAGAGACUCCUGUACUGACAACUCCAUGCAGUUCGGAACCAGAACGACUCCGGCUGAACCAGGGUUCAUGGGGACAUGGCAAAACGCUGAUACUAACCUCCUGUUCAGAAUGUCCCAACAGGUUCCACUGGCAUGUGCUGGCAGAGUGCUGGGUGCAGACUUUUGCCCAAACCUGGAGGAGCCAGACCAGAGGCUGGAAGUCCAGGCCAUCCGCUGCACACUGGUAAACUGCACGUGUGAGUGUUUCCAGCCGGGGAAGAUUAACCUUCGGACUUGUGAUCAGUGUAAACAUGGCUGGGUGGCACAUGCCUUGGAUAAGCUCAGCACACAGCACCUGUACCACCCCACUCAAGUGGAGAUUGUGCAGUCCAAUGUGGUGUUUGACAUCAGCAGCCUGAUGCUCUACGGGACACAGGCAGUGCCUGUGCGGCUAAAGAUACUGCUGGACCGGCUCUUCAGUGUCCUGAAGCAAGAGGAAGUGCUGCACAUACUCCAUGGCCUGGGCUGGACCCUGCGGGACUAUGUCCGAGGAUACAUCCUUCAGCGUUUUCUUCCAGCCUGUUCAUCAAGGGCACCAAGAGGAGCUGUGUUUGACGCUGCUGGCAAAGUACUGGACCGCUGGGCCAUCAUGUCUCGAGAAGAGGAAAUCAUCACCCUUCAGCAGUUUCUGCGGUUUGGAGAAACCAAAUCCAUUGUGGAGCUGAUGGCAAUUCAGGAGAAAGAAGGGCAAGCUGUGGCUGUACCAUCUUCAAAGACAGACUCGGAUAUAAGGACUUUCAUUGAGAGCAAUAAUCGCACCAGGAGCCCUAGCCUCCUUGCUCACUUAGAGAACAGCAAUCCUUCCAGCAUUCAUCAUUUUGAAAACAUACCAAACAGCCUUGCAUUUCUGCUUCCAUUCCAGUAUAUAAACCCUGUCUCAGCCCCACUGUUAGGGUUGCCUCCCAACGGGCUGCUUUUAGAGCAGCCUGGACUGAGGCUGCGGGAACCUAGCAUUUCAACCCAGAAUGAAUAUAAUGAGAGCAGUGAAUCUGAAGUAUCUCCCACACCUUAUAAGAGUGAUCAAACACCCAAUAGAAAUGCCUUGACUAGCAUCACUAAUGUGGAACCCAAAACCGAGCCAGCAUGUGUUUCCCCCAUUCAGAAUUCUGCCCCAGUCAGUGAUCUAAGCAAAACUGAACACCCAAAAAGCUCAUUCCGGAUUCACCGUAUGAGAAGGAUGGGGUCAGCCUCCAGGAAAGGAAGGGUAUUCUGUAAUGCAUGUGGGAAGACAUUCUAUGACAAAGGUACUCUCAAAAUUCAUUAUAAUGCAGUUCACCUGAAAAUUAAACAUCGAUGUACUAUUGAAGGUUGCAACAUGGUCUUCAGUUCCCUUCGAAGCCGGAAUCGCCACAGUGCAAACCCCAACCCCCGCCUUCACAUGCCUAUGCUAAGGAAUAACCGAGACAAAGAUUUAAUUAGGGCUACAUCAGGAGCUGCCACUCCAGUCAUAGCAAGUACAAAAUCAAAUCUCACACUCACAAGUCCUGGUCGGCCCCCAAUGGGUUUUACCACUCCUCCACUAGACCCCGUCUUACAGAACCCUCUCCCUAGCCAGCUGGUAUUUUCUGGGCUAAAGACUGUACAACCAGUUCCUCCUUUUUAUAGAAGUUUACUUACUCCAGGGGAAAUGGUGAGUCCUCCAACCUCCCUCCCAACCAGUCCCAUCAUUCCAACCAGUGGUACCAUAGAACAGCAUCCUCCUCCACCCUCUGAGCCAAUAGUGCCAGCAGUGAUGAUGGGCACUCAUGAGCCCAGUGCUGACCUGGCACCUAAGAAAAAGCCUAGGAAGUCAAGCAUGCCUGUAAAAAUUGAGAAGGAAAUCAUUGAUACAGCUGAUGAGUUUGAUGAUGAAGAUGAUGACCCUAAUGAUGGUGGGACUGUGGUCAAUGACAUGAGCCAUGACAAUCAUUGUCAUUCCCAAGAGGAGAUGAGCCCAGGCAUGUCUGUGAAGGACUUUUCUAAGCAUAACAGAACCCGGUGCAUUUCAAGAACUGAAAUAAGAAGGGCUGACAGUAUGACAUCUGAGGACCAGGAGCCCGAGCGGGACUAUGAGAACGAGUCUGAGUCUUCAGAGCCUAAACUGGGUGAGGAAUCCAUGGAAGGGGAUGAGCACAUCCACAGUGAGGUGAGCGAAAAAGUCCUGAUGAACAGUGAGAGGCCUGAUGAGAACCACAGUGAGCCAUCUCACCAAGAUGUCAUCAAGGUAAAGGAAGAAUUCACAGAUCCCACUUACGACAUGUUUUACAUGAGCCAGUAUGGACUGUACAAUGGCGGGGGGGCCAGCAUGGCUGCCUUGCAUGAAAGUUUUACAUCGUCUCUGAAUUAUGGAAGCCCUCAAAAAUUCUCCCCUGAAGGUGACCUGUGUUCUAGUCCAGACCCCAAAAUCUGUUAUGUGUGCAAGAAGAGCUUCAAAAGCUCCUACAGUGUAAAGCUUCACUACAGGAACGUUCACUUAAAAGAGAUGCAUGUCUGCACAGUGGCCGGCUGCAAUGCUGCCUUCCCCUCUCGACGAAGCAGAGACAGACACAGUGCCAACAUAAACCUGCACCGUAAACUGUUGACCAAAGAACUCGAUGACAUGGGUCUGGACUCAUCGCAGCCCUCCCUUAGCAAGGACCUCCGGGAUGAAUUUUUGAUGAAGAUCUAUGGUGCCCAGCACCCUCUGGGGCUCGAUGUCAGGGAAGAUGCCUCCUCUCCAGCAGGGACAGAAGACUCCCACCUGAAUGGGUAUGGGAGAGGCAUGGCGGAGGACUACAUGGUCCUUGACCUGAGCACCACCUCCAGCCUCCAGUCCAGCAGCAGUAUCCAUUCCUCCAGAGAAUCAGAUGCAGGCAGCGACGAGGGGAUUCUUCUUGAUGACAUUGAUGGGGCAAGUGACAGUGGGGAAUCGGCACACAAGGCAGAGGCCCCCACCCUCCCCGGAAGCCUAGGGGCUGAAGUUUCAGGAUCUCUUAUGUUCAGCAGCUUGUCUGGGAGCAAUGGUGGGAUCAUGUGCAACAUUUGCCACAAAAUGUACAGCAACAAGGGGACUCUGAGGGUCCACUACAAAACUGUGCAUUUGCGAGAAAUGCACAAGUGCAAAGUCCCGGGCUGUAACAUGAUGUUUUCCUCUGUGCGAAGCCGAAAUCGGCACAGUCAGAACCCUAAUCUCCACAAAAACAUUCCCUUCACUUCGCUAGAUUAGUCCCAGAACGGACACUACAAAUGCCAGCUCUCACCAGGUGGCCUACAUGUUGGAACUGCCAUAGCCAGUGUGUGCUUCCAGAGCGGGGCACGUGUGUGUGUACGUGUGUACGCCUUUAUGUCUACACUUGUGCACACAUAUAUUUUCUUUUCUUUAGAUAAAAAUGAUAAACACUAGGUGCUUUUGAAUUUUUUUCUUUUCCUUUAUAGUUUUGGGGAAGGGUGGAUCUUUUACUUGGGAUAAAAACAAAAGGACCCCUUUCAACACACACACACACAGGAACACACAUAUAGUGUUCAGCUAGCCCCAAUUUUGAUAGGAUAAUUCUUGGUCUUCUCCAAAGACACAUUUUGUUGUACCUAUGACUGUUGCCUGCAAAAAAAUAAAAGGGAAAAAAAGAGAAAAGAAACAAAAAGGAACUUCUUAUAGUUGUCUUUUGUGAACUUUAAGGUUUUGAGAGAAUCUUUAAUUAAAGCAUGGCAGAUUCACCUGUAAAUAUUUAGCCUUGCGAGGCCAAUGAUGUAAAACAGUUGUAUUGAUUGUUGUUUAACUCUUCUUUAAUUUUGACAGUUACAUCCAGCUGUUAGAUAUGCAGGAAAUAGUUUGCUGGCUAGUUCUAUUCAUUUUCAUUAGCAUUAAUGCACAUUUUCUUUAAAAAACAAACAAAAAAUAACAAAAAAAAAACAUGGUCUUGUUUUUACUACCUGUUAGAUAUAGUGAUAAAGACGUGCUGGCAUGCUUCGAAGCACAGAGCUGAUUUUUUAAAAUGUCCUGUACUAGUACAUAAAUCAGUCAUGCACUUUUUUCAGACACUACAAGGGGAUGUGUAAUAUCCGUGCUUCUUUUUAUCCUUAAACUAUUGCCAUACUUCAGCAAGUAUCUUUCUUUAAAAAAAAAAACCCACUUGUAUAACAAUGGUCUGGUCAGUAAAGGGCACAAAUGCCAAACAAAAAGUAUUAGUGUUAACACAAAACUGCCAACUUUGCACAAGUUUUCAGAAAAGAAAAUACAAUUAGUCACUCAACAUAACCACAGGCCCACUUUUUGGCCACCAGAAAACUCGCUUUCAAAAAAAACAAAACAAAAACACGUGGUGAUUCUUUUCAAGUGCCGAAUGUUAUUAGAAUCCACAUUGCAUCCUUCCUCCAUACAUGUUAAAUGACAUGAAAGGAAAACAAAAUAAAGUGGUGUGAAAUAGACAAGGCAUUUCUUUUGUAGAGGCAGGAUAAUAUUUCAGAACACAGUAGUGCAAAUUACUCACUGAAGGAAGAAAGCUGAAUACAGUAAAAGUUGAACACUCAUUUCCAAGGCCCUAACCCUUAUCCUUUGAAAAGGAAGAAAAAGUCUGAGCUGGGUUAGUCUGUUGUAUGGCUGUCUCAUUUGUCACAAAUUCUGCAGUAGCACUGCAGUCAGGCCUGCUUAAUAGACAAAAUCAAAAGCCAGUUCACAGCAGCUGUUCUUGGAAGCUUUGAAAACACGUGCUGAACUUGAAUUGAGCAGCACUCCUCUCCGAGCAAGUGAGCAAGCCGCAGAAGGAGAGGGGAAGACAGGAUCUCACUGUGUAGUGUUUUGUGUUUCCCCACACGAAUUUGUCAGAGAGAAGUGAAAGCAAGCCUGAAACCAAGCAAUUGAGAAUGAGAACAAGGGGGAGGGGGGGACUGCUCCAAACCUUUUUGUUUUGUUUUGUUUCUGAUGUUUACACAUGUUGCCUGAGCUGGUUAACCACAUCGGCAGCCUCUGCUACCACAGCAUACUGACUAAAUGAUGAUAUUUACUCAACUUCGUCUGCAGCCAGAACUGCUGGGGUGUGCUUGCAGAAUGGGUUUUGUUAUCUUUUUUUUCUUUUGGGGGGUUUUGGGGGUAGGAGGGUAAACACUAGUUUUGUCAAACUACAUAAUAGAAAGAGAAUGUAUUUCUUUUCUGCAUUUAAUGGCCUCAAACAUUUCUCCCAACAGUCGAAAACUUAGAAAUACCCUCUGUUUUAAUCUUUCAUAUUUCUACUUCUAAUAUUUUUUUGUGUUCACAUCAGCAUUCACUUCCGUUAAAUUUGCCAAAGGAAACUGUCAAUAUGUUUCUGUUAUGAUUCCUGUGCGACUUAUUGUACCUCACAGUAUUUAUUUUUUUUCCAAAAUUAAGUAUCAUUCAUUGGGGGUUCCGGAUUUUUUAUUUUUGAGAAUUUCUGAGCAGUAGGCUCUUAGAGAUGUGCUAGGUGUUCCUAAAGCUUUAUCUUUGUCUCCUUCUGAAGAUGCCAUGGGGUCCACUUGGUCCUUCAUGCAUUCCACAGAGAGAAAAGACCAAAAGCAUUUUCAGUACAAAAGAAACUAUCACACACAAUGUCUGUUAAGUGACAGAUGUUUACGGUAAAAAGCUGAGGAAUUAAUAAUAACUGUUUCUGUUUCCUUGUACCUUUUAUUUCCCUAAAACUUAGUUGCUUUACUUUGGUGUCAUGUUAAGCUGAACAAACAGAUGUGUUCUUUUGUUUUAUAACAUACAAGACUCUGUACAGUAUGUUUGUGAAAGACUGAACUAGAAUAAUGAACAUUUGUUUGCAAACA